AUACAAAAAAUCUAUAAUCAGUGGUUUGAUAAAGGUAUUAAGGAAUAUACUAAGGCAGGCAAAUUGAAACAUCCUUCUUAUUCUUUAGUUGCUAAUUGGUGUUGUGGAAUCUCAAAUGCGAUGGAUAGAGCCGAAGAUGAUUUAAUCUUUGCUUUUACGCGAAUUAAUAAUAUAAUGAAUCCAGGACAAGGAGGAUCAGAGAUGAAUAUCAAAUACAAAUUAGUUAUUGCUAUUGAAAUGGAAUAG